GAGUUUGCAACUGUUGUCCUGUGAUAGUUAUCCUGAUUUCGUGACAGAAUAGUUAAUUAAAUGUGAUAAAUCAUAAAAACAAAUGGAAUUAAUUCAGUUGGUAGAAUGUUGUUUAACUAACUAGUUGUCAGCUAACUCAUUUACAGAAAUUUAUUCUUAAAGUCGAAUUUCUGCAAUAGGAAUUACGUUUUCUUAAGUUUUUGGCUUUAAUCUAUUUGUUAAAUUUUCAAAAUAUCUAGCAGCAAGUUAAAGGCAUAUUGGAAUGAAAUUCUGAAACUUUGUACAAAUAUUUCACAACUGCUUCUGCCAAAGAAAGCUCUAUUCUAGCAGCUGCACGACGGCCAGCAUCCGAAGUAACAAAAAAUUGAGUUAGUGAUAAAGUUGGAAGUAGUUGUCAUUAGGAUACACAAUAAGAUAGUGGCGAAAACUUAAUGAAAAAUCGAAGCAGGCUGCAGAAAUUGUGCUAUCAAUGUGUGCGUGUGCUUUUUGUACAACUGAACCAAUAGAAAAGUAAUCAAACCUAAGCGUAUUAAAGCAAAAAGUACGCUUAAGCAACGCGGCAGGAAGUCAAUAAAAAUAACCACAUAAAAGCAACUUGCGGUCUACAGCAUUAUGUCAACGACUACUGAGGAGGUGGCCACAACAAUGGUGGCGGACGCUAAUGCUCCAUCUAUAGUAACCAAUGCGAUUGUUCAGACAGUUCAGUCCAUAAUUAGCAGCACAACAUCAAAAUCAAAAACAGCAGCAGCAACCACAAAUGUCGCAGCUUCAGGCAGUUCCACUACCACACCAACAAUACCAACAACAACAACAACAUUACAAACACCAUCCUUGUCCAGCAUGAAGGAGAAUCUCAGCGUGAGCGAUUUAAGUAGCACACUGCAACAUUUUGGAACUGUUGAUUAUUUGGUUUUCAUCGCCAUGUUGGCGGUCUGUGCCGUAAUUGGCUUCUAUUUCGGCUUCAUCGAAAAGAAGCAGAAAAAGAAAAGGGGCCAAUUGUCUACCGAUGAACAAGAUGGCCUCGCAUCUGGUGGCAUCGAAGAGACACUCGACUCGGAAGCAUUGGAUUACUUGGUGGGUGGACGCAAAAUGAAAGUGCUUCCGGUCUCGCUGUCACUAGUGGCUAGCUUUGUUUCUGGCAUUGCAUUACUGGGCUACUCAACGGAGAUUUAUGUUUAUGGUACUCAAUACGCCUUCAUCCUCAUUACGCUGGCCAUAUCGGGACUUAUAUCGUGGUAUAUCUUCUUACCCGUUUUUUGCAAUCUACAACUUACUUCUACAUAUGAGUAUUUCGAGCUCCGCUACGGUGCCAGAAUACGCAACUUUGCAUCGGUGAUGUUUAUUGUUGGCACGAUGGUCUGGCUGCCUGUUGUUCUGUAUGUGCCUGCCAUCGCCUACAAUCAAGUUACCGGCACAAGCAUCCACGUUAUAGCGCCCAUUGUCUGUUUAAUCUGCACUUUCUACACUUGUGUGGGCGGGCUGAAGGCGGUCAUUUGGACUGAUGUCAUUCAGAGUUUCGUCAUGUUUGGCUCUAUUUUGGCUGUGUGCAUUAAAGGAACCUACGAUGUGGGUGGCCUGGGCGUGGUGCUACAGCGAAAUCAAGAGAGCGGACGUCUCAAUGCACCAGAAUGGACCUGGGAUCCAACCGUGCGUUUAUCUAUGCUGUCUGUUAUUGUUGGCGGUACUCUACACAAAAUACAAUCCUCGGAUGUGAAUCAAGUGUCUAUACAACGCUUUCUAUCGCUGCCCAGCUAUAAGCAUGCCAAGCAAUGCAUUUUUAUAUAUAAUGUAUUGCUGAUAUUUCUUCUGAGCUGCUGCUGUUAUAUGGGCCUUGUGAUUUAUGCUGCUUACCACGAUUGUGAUCCUAUCAGCACCAAGCGGGCGAAGGUAAGCGACCAGCUGCCCUUGUUGCUGAUGAUGCGCACUCUGGGCAUGUUGCCUGGUCUGCCAGGACUUUUUGUGGCUGGCGUUUUUAGCGCCGCUUUGAGUUCGCUUUCCACAGGACUCAACUCAAUGGCAUGCGUUAUCUCCCAGGAUAUGGUUCGUCCGUUGCUGAAGGAGCCACUAACGGGGCGUCAAACCGCUUUCCUUCUGCGCGGUAUUGUUGUCGUCCUUGGUCUCUGCUGCAUGGGAAUGGUCAACGUUGUGGACAAGCUGGGCAUGGUGGUGCAGUUGGCCACCACCACUGCAGCCGUAUCUAUGGGUCCGCUGCUGGGCAUUUAUGUGAUGGGCGUCUGUGUGCCCUGGAUUAAUGGAAAAAGUGCUCUGACUGGCAGCUUAGUUUCAUUUGUUGUAUUGGCUUGGAUAUGUAUUAAUGCACAGUUAUUACAAAUGCGCGGUGAGAUUCGCUAUCCAAAGAGGCCUGUAUCUGUGUCAGGCUGUGACUUUGAUUACGAUAAUGCCACUGUGUGGCGCACCGUGCACGAGUACAGUCCCUCGACGGAACGGAAUGUGUAUCAUUUAUCUUUCUUUUGGUAUACAGCUCUGGGUUGCGCCAUUUGUACUGUGGUUUCUUUGUUGGCCAGCUUAGUAUUUGGCUGGCAGGAUGUGUCUGAAAUGGAUCCAGCGUUAGUCACGCCUUGCAUACGUCGCUUUUUGCCCAAGAAAUAUGAAGCCGUCGGUUUGGAGGAACUCUUCAGUCGUAAAGCUCAAGUCGAUAAUAAGACGGACACUGAUUCUCCGGGGAAGGAUAAUGCUUAAGCUACAGCCAUAAAUAAAAACAUGUGUUGUUUUCAA